UCCUUCCUUUCCGCCUCUGGCCGGCUGGGCGCGGGCGACUACUGGCGAGGCGCGUGGGACCUCGCGCCGGUUCCCCUUGGUCUCCUCUCCCGGCCAGAGCCACUACGGAGUUCGCUGACGCCGGGUGAGCUGAGCCUGCUGCCAAGAUGCCGGCCUACUUCCAGAGGCCGGAAAAUGCUCUCAAACGCGCCAAUGAGUUUCUUGAAGUUGGCAAAAAACAGCCUGCUUUAGACGUUCUUUAUGACGUUAUGAAAAGUAAGAAACACCGAACAUGGCAAAAGAUACACGAGCCAAUUAUGUUGAAAUAUUUGGAGCUUUGUGUGGAUCUUCGCAAGAGCCACUUGGCAAAGGAAGGAUUGUACCAGUAUAAGAAUAUUUGUCAACAGGUAAACAUCAAGUCUCUGGAGGAUGUUGUUAGGGCUUAUUUGAAAUUGGCAGAAGAGAAAACUGAAGCUGCAAAGGAAGAAUCCCAGCAGAUGGUCUUAGAUAUAGAAGAUCUGGAUAAUAUUCAGACUCCUGAGAGUGUUCUCCUGAGUGCUGUAAGUGGGGAAGACACUCAGGAUCGUACCGACAGAUUACUUUUAACUCCAUGGGUUAAAUUCCUAUGGGAAUCCUACAGGCAGUGUUUGGACCUUCUUCGAAACAAUUCUAGAGUAGAGCGUCUCUACCAUGAUAUCGCCCAACAAGCUUUCAAGUUCUGCCUCCAGUACACUCGUAAGGCUGAGUUCCGCAAGCUGUGUGACAAUUUGAGAAUGCACUUGUCACAGAUUCAACGCCACCAUAACCAAAGUACGGCCAUCAACCUUAAUAAUCCAGAGAGUCAGUCCAUGCAUUUGGAAACCAGGCUCGUUCAGUUGGACAGUGCUAUAAGCAUGGAAUUGUGGCAGGAAGCAUUCAAAGCUGUGGAAGAUAUUCAUGGACUGUUCUCCUUGUCUAAAAAACCACCUAAACCCCAGUUGAUGGCAAAUUACUAUAACAAAGUCUCAACUGUGUUUUGGAAAUCUGGAAAUGCUCUCUUUCAUGCAUCCACACUCCACCGGCUUUAUCACCUAUCCAGAGAAAUGAGAAAGAAUCUUACACAGGAAGAGAUGCAGAGAAUGUCUACUAGAGUCCUUCUGGCCACUCUCUCCAUCCCUAUCACCCCUGAGCGCACGGAUAUUGCUCGCCUUCUGGAUAUGGAUGGCAUUAUAGUUGAAAAACAACGUCGCCUUGCAACCCUUCUAGGUCUUCAGGCCCCACCAACACGAAUCGGCCUGAUUAAUGAUAUGGUCAGAUUCAAUGUAUUACAGUAUGUUGUUCCAGAAGUGAAGGAUCUUUACAAUUGGCUGGAAGUAGAAUUUAACCCACUAAAACUCUGUGAGAGAGUCACAAAGGUUCUGAACUGGGUUAGGGAGCAACCUGAAAAGGAGCCCGAGUUACAGCAGUAUGUCCCACAACUGCAGAGCAAUACCAUACUCCGCCUUCUGCAGCAGGUGGCACAAAUUUAUCAGAGCAUUGAGUUUUCUCGUUUGACUUCUCUGGUUCCUUUUGUUGAUGCUUUCCAACUGGAACGUGCCAUAGUAGAUGCAGCCAGGCACUGUGACCUGCAGGUUCGUAUUGACCACACUUCUCGAACCCUUAGUUUUGGAUCUGAUUUGAAUUAUGCGACUCGAGAAGAUGCUCCCCUUGGUCCUCAUUUGCAAAGCAUGCCUUCAGAGCAGAUAAGGAAUCAGCUGACAGCCAUGUCCUCUGUACUUGCAAAAGCACUGGAAGUCAUUAAGCCAGCCCAUAUAUUGCAAGAGAAAGAAGAACAGCAUCAGUUAGCUGUUACUGCAUACCUGAAAAAUUCACGAAAAGAACAUCAGCGUAUCCUGGCUCGCCGCCAGACAAUCGAGGAGAGGAAGGAACGGCUUGAGAGUCUGAAUAUUCAGCGUGAGAAAGAAGAGUUGGAGCAGAGGGAGGCUGAACUGCAGAAAGUACGGAAAGCUGAAGAAGAGAGACUGCGGCAGGAGGCCAAGGAGAGAGAGAAGGAGCGUAUUUUACAGGAACAUGAACAAAUCAAAAAGAAAACGGUUCGAGAGCGUUUGGAGCAGAUCAAGAAAACGGAACUGGGUGCCAAAGCAUUCAAAGAUAUUGAUAUUGAAGAUCUUGAAGAAUUGGAUCCAGAUUUCAUUAUGGCUAAACAGGUUGAACAAUUGGAGAAAGAAAAGAAAGAACUUCAGGAACGUCUAAAGAAUCAAGAAAAGAAGAUUGACUAUUUUGAAAGAGCUAAACGGUUGGAAGAGAUUCCUUUGAUAAAGAGUGCUUAUGAGGAACAGAGGAUUAAAGACAUGGACCUGUGGGAGCAACAGGAAGAAGAAAGAAUAACAACCAUGCAGCUAGAACGUGAAAAAGCUCUUGAACAUAAGAACCGAAUGUCACGGAUGCUUGAAGACAGAGAUUUAUUUGUAAUGCGACUCAAGGAUGCCCGGCAAUCCGUUUAUGAGGAAAAACUUAAACAGUUUGAAGAGCGAUUAGCAGAAGAAAGACGAAGUCGCUUGGAAGAACGUAAAAGGCAGCGUAAAGAGGAACGCAGAGUCACUUACUACAGACAGAGAGAGGAGGAGGAGCAGAGGAGGGCGGAGGCGCAGAUGCUCAAAGAGCGCGAAGAACGAGAGCGAGCUGAGCGAGCAAAACGUGAGGAAGAGCUGCGAGAAUAUCAGGAGCACGUCAAGAAAUUAGAAGAAGUAGAGCGGAAGAAACGCCAGAGAGAGUUGGAAAUUGAAGAGCGAGAACGCCGUAGGGAAGAGGAGAGGAGACUGGGCGAGGAUCCGCUUUCUAGAAAGGAUUCUCGUUGGGGAGAAUCAGAAAGCACAUGGAGGAAAGGACCUGAAGUAGAAUCUGAAUGGAGAAGAGGCCCACCAGAAAAGGAGUGGAGACGUGAAGGGCGGGAUGAGGAAAGGCCUCUUAGAAGAGAUGAAGAUCGACCAAGACGCUUGGGGGACGAUGAAGAUAGAGAGUCUUCUGUCCGACCAGAGGACGAUCGGCUUCCCCGACGAGGUUUGGAUGAAGAGAGAGGCCUUAGGCGUGUUCCCGAUGAAGACAGGUUCUCCCGCCGUGGGGCAGAUGACGACCGGCCUUCCUGGCGCAAUGCAGAUGACGACAGGCCUCACAGGCGAAUUGGUGAUGAAGACCGGGCAAGCUGGCGUCACGCUGAUGAGGACCGACCACCCAGACGAGGACUGGAUGAGGACCGAGGAACCUGGCGAACGGCUGACGAGGACAGAGGACCAAGACGGAUGGAUGAGGACCGGGGGCCACGACGAGGAGGUGCUGAUGAUGAGCGAUCAUCCUGGCGCAGCACUGAUGAGGACCGGGCUCCCCGGCGGGGCAUGGAUGAGGACCGGGCUCCCAGGCGUGGGUUGGAUGAGGACCGGCCUCCUAGGCGGGGCAUGGAUGAGGACCGGGCUCCCCGGCGGGGCAUGGAUGAGGACCGGGCUCCCCGGCGUGGGUUGGAUGAUGAUCGAGGACCUUGGAGGAAUCCCGAUGAUGAUAGAAUUUCCAGGCGUGGUGCAGAUGAUGAUCGGGGGCCCUGGCGAAACAUGGAUGACGAUCGGCUCUCGAGACGCACUGAGGAGGAUCGGAUUCCCAGGCGGGGCGAUGACUCCAGACCUGGUCCUUGGAGGCCGUUUGGCAAGCCAGGUGGAUGGAGAGAUAGAGAAAAAGCCAGAGAAAACAGUUGGGGUCCACGCCAAGAAUCAAGACCAUCAGAAGACCCUGAAUGGGAUCGAGAAAAAGAAAGGGAUCGAGAUCAUCAAGAUCGGGACGAGAGUGACAAGGGUGUGGAGAGAGAAAGGGAGAGAGAGCGCGACGUGGACCGAGAGGACCGUUUCCGACGACCCAGGGAUGAGGGUGGCUGGAGAAGAGGACCGGCUGAGGAAUCUUCAAGCUGGAGAGACUCAAAUCGCCGGGAUGACUGGGACAGGGAUGACCGUCGUCGUGAGAGAGAUGAUCGCCGUGAUUUGAGAGAGAGGCGGGAUGACAGAGACCGAAGAGGCCCUCCUCUCAGAUCAGAACGCGAAGAAGCCAGUUCUUGGAGGCGUGCUGAUGACAGAAAAGAUGACCGGGCUGAAGAACGGGACACCCCUCGUCGUGUUCCUCCCCCGGCUCUUUCAAGAGAUCGAGAAAGAGAAGGUGACAAAGAAAAGGGCACCUGGAAGGCUGAGAAAGAGAAAGACUCUCUCCGUCGUACUAAAAAUGAGACUGAUGAAGACGGAUGGACCACAGUACGACGUUAAGUCUCACGAGGACGGAUGCAAACUAGUGUCUCACGUAGGUUUGAUCACAUUUGAGGAUUAUUAUACUUGUGCUUCAACCAGUCUAAAUUGGAUUCUAUAACUAAUGUCUCACCAUAAUACAAAAAGCAUGAACUUGUAUUAAUCCUAUAUAAUAGAUUGAUCAUGCACCGUAUCUGCAGAAGGUUGGAAAACCAUGCCAUUUUCUGAAAUUUAAGGUGUUGCAUUAUUUCACCAAUCAUUUGUUUACAAAAAAGAAAAACUAAAAAAUAAAUUGAAAAUGUGAACCCUUCAGGUAUCGAGUAACACCUAUAUCUUGGUAUAGGGCUGCUUUUUUUCCUUUUGAUUUUUGAAAUAAUCUAAUAUUAAUUUGGAAUGAGGUAAGAUUCUAUUACAGAAAAUGUAUUUGAAGACUCUAAAGUGGUGGAGCUGAACAAUUUCCACAGCAUUAGCUGUUGAAAUAUACCUCUUUAGGUAUUUGGAGGUAUUUACUAUUAACUAAAAUUUAAAAAUUUUUAGUUUCACUUUAAGUGCAGUAAACAUUACAAUUGGAUCCAGUGGGGUUUUCUGUAGAGUUUACUUAAGGUAAGUAUAAAGCAAUUUGCAGUCAUUAUUGUAAUGACAAGAAUAUUGCUGAAGUGUGAAUUCUAAACAGUAGAGCUUUUACAUUAUAAAGCAUUGGGUCAACUAUUACUGGGUUUUUUCUUUUGCCAAUAGCAAACUGCUUUUCCAUUAAUGGAGAUUUCAUGCCUUCCAAGCAUUUUAAAAAAGACAAUAUUUAUAAAAUGUGUGGUUUGGAGGAAUUGUUUAAAUUCUUUUUUCUAAUUUUCUUUUCAGGUUAGAUUCUUUCAGUAAGUAAUUUGUAGUAAUGACUGUGUUGACUUCAAUUUUGGAGUGUAGAAGCUAUGUUAAAGAUUAACUGUUUGGUCUUAUUGAAGCCAACACAGAACUUGCUGCUGUGUUUUUUCCUCAGUGAUAAAUAAAAUACUUACAGAA